GCAGGUGGCAGCGCGCGCAGCUAGACGGGGCGACAUUUCCAUGUGGACGAGAAACGCGGAAGAUUCUGCAGCCAACUCUCAAUCGUAGCCCAGGGACGGAGCCCAAGAGUCCCCCUAAUACCAUGGUCCACAGGGGGAGCGCGCUAGGCGGCCCCGGGGCCCCGGGAGUGCGCGCCCCCGGCCCCAGCCGAGCCCUGGAAGCCGCACCUGGACUCCGGGUCAGGACCUUGACUUUCGUCUGUGCGCUGUGGGUCCUACUUGAGCCAGCCACUGGUGCUAGAGCUUAUUCACCAGAUGACCUUUCAGAAGGAUGGUGUCUUGCAGGCUAUUACCGGACUGAGACUGGGGCUUGCGAGAUGUGCCAGGAGGGUGUGGAUUACACCAACCAUUCCAACAACCUCUCUUCCUGCAUCCCCUGCAGCGUCUGUAGAAAUGAUAAAGAAAAGAAGAGUCCGUGCACCACCACCAGAGAUGCAGAGUGCCAAUGUAAACCAGGCACCUUCCAGGAUCAAAACUCCCCUGAGUUCUGCCGAACGUGCUCGGACCGCUGCCACGGUGAGAUGGUGGAGGAGAGUCCCUGUGUCCCCUGGAGUGACCGCAAAUGUGUCCACAAAGAAUCAGGUACCAAGGCCAUCAGGGAAACCCUGGCUUCUGCAGAGCCAGUGACAGCCCACGUCAGCAUUACUGCCUCUGUCCAUCCCUCCUCAGACCGUAGAGUCGGAUAUAUGGUGCUGGGCCUGGGCCUGUUUCUGGCUAUGGUUGCUGUAAUUUUUCUGCUUUGGAUUACGUGGAGGUUUUCAAGGAGGAAGAAGAUAUUCAAAUGUAUAAAGAACAUCUUUCCAAGCUGUGGACAAGACUCUCAGCACGUGGACACAGUCUCUAUCCCAAGAAAGCUUGAAGCUCAGGACAAUGACCACAAUGAGAUCCUAGCCAGCACGAACUCACCAUCCACCGUGGACUCUGAGCAGCAAAGGAAUGGACAACAGCUGGUGACACGUGUCACUGAAGAGUUCCCAGAGGAGGAAACAAGUCUGCUGAGACCUGCAGAAACAGAGAGGUCUCCGAUGAAAAGGAGGCCACUGGUUCCAGUAGAGGGAACUGAUACCAUUGAGACCAUUCGGCAGUUCUUCAGUUGCCAUCAGAACGUUGUACCCUAUAAAUCCUGGUAUAAACUCAUGCGGGUGCUGGGCCUUACAGAUAAUGAAAUUCUUGUGAUCAAAGAUGGAAUACAGAACCCGGAAGAUUGCUUGUAUGAGAUGAUGGUAAAAUGGAUCAACAAAAUGGGGCACAGUGCCUCCAUCAACACCGUGCUGGAUGCCUUGGAAACAAUUGGCGAGAGAAAUGCAAGGGAGAAAAUCGAGGACUACAUGGUGAAUUCCGGAAAAUUUAUCUAUCAGGAAGAUGGAGCAGAUCCUGCAAGGUCGCUUCUUUAGAAAGGCAAAUGUUCCCUCCUUUGUCUUUUCUCCCCUCAAAAAAAAAGCCACUUGAACACAAGAAAGUAGGAAAUAAUCAAACUUCCACAUGACAAGAUCUGGAGCGCUUUCUUAAUUCUUGUGCAUUUGAAGAAUGAAACCCUUGGACCAAGAUGACUGUGUGUAACAGAAAGAUGUAUUGAAGCACAGGAAGGGACCUCCUGCAGUACAAGAGGGGCCCUAAUAGUAGGCUUUCUCCUGCUGAGUGUGCUAGUCUAUGGGUUUAUAUAGCACUUGGUUUGCUGCUAUAGGACUUGAAAACUACUAAAGCCAUUGCUAAUUCUUGAGUUCCAACUUUCUUUCAAGUCUGCCCCACUUCCAGCCUAGUGUGGGGCUGCAGCAGGUGUCUGUACUGUGCCCAGGCCUGGCCUCUGAAGGAUGACAGGUCGGUGUGCCUUGGCUUGCCUGGGUACUGGCUUUCUGUCCUGCCUAUGGGGGCCACUCCAUGGGCCGCAGGCAGCGCUUGCCAACCGCACUCGGACACACUUGGCUGCUCCACAUCUGCUCCUCGGCUGGGACCAGUAGGCUGGCUGCAUAUAGCUUGGCAGCUGGGGGAAAGCCGUACCAUUAAGACGUACGGCUCUUUUUUUUUUUUUAAGUGGCACUUUUUUAUUCUAAUACAUCUUAAUUUUUCCUUGUAACUAUGUUUACGUGUUUACAUUAACUUGUUUCUGUCAUUAUUUAUGUGUUUUUGUAAUUUGGUAUGUUAUAAUGUAAGUGUUUGACAAGAAUUCUUCUUCCUAAUAUGCACUUUGAUUUAAUGACUCUUCAGUGUUUAACCCAGUCUUUUAAACUUAUAAACUUAUUUAUUUUCUGUUGGUGUUGGGGAUCACUCAGGGCCUUGCACAUGCUAGUCAAGAGCUCUACCACUGAUCAUCUCCAAACUUUAAAUAUGACACUUCUGUAA